AUGGAUCAAUAUAGUAAAUUUACUUCUGAUGAAUUAAUGAAUGCUGAGGAAUUUAUUUUAAUUGAUGAUGAUGAUAAUUAUGGAGAAGUAGAAAUCACAGAUGAAGAAAUUGUGAAUAUGAUAAAAUCAAAUGAAAUUGACCUUGAAGAAGAAGAAUUAAUUUCACAACCAAAAAUAUCUACUUCAAAAGCAUUAGUAUCAUUAGAUAAAGUAUUAUCUUUUCUUAAUAAUUCACCUGAUACCUUUAUUACAGAACUCCAUAACAAAAAUUUAUUAUAUAAUCUUAAAAAGAAAAUUAUCCUUUUCGAUAAAAAUAAUAGAGUUCAAACGGUAUUAGAUGGUUGGUUAAACAUUUAA